UACCUCACCUCAUCUUAACAUCCCCACCCCCUACUCUUAUCUUUCAAUACCCAAACUAAACCAAUGGCUACCAUCUACACCCUUGACCAAAUUGAAAAGCACAACACCAAGACUGACUGCUGGGUCAUUAUCCACAACAAGGUCUACAACAUUACCGAGUUCUCUGUAGAGCACCCUGGUGGUGAGGAGGUUCUGUUGGAUGAGGCUGGCAAGGACGCUACCGAGUCUUUUGAGGAUAUCGGUCACUCUGACGAAGCCCGUGAGAUCUUGGCCAAGUAUUACAUUGGUGACCUCGAAGAGUCUGCACACAAGGUUGGUCAAACCUUCCAUGGUCUCCAGGCUGGUGAACUUCCUGUCCAGGAAAAGAAGGGAUCUGCGUUGCGUAUUAUCUUGCCUGCCAUUGCUGUCAUCGCUGCUUUGGUUUACAAGUUUGUCAUCAUUCCCCAGAAACAUUAAAAAAAAAAAAAAAAGAGGUUUCAUUAUGUUUGAAGGAAUAGUAAGGCAGUUAACCACUUCUUUUUUUUAUAUAUAUCUUUCUUCUUUAUAUCACUUUUCUUUUCUUUCUUUUACUUCUAUCUUUUACUUCUUUACUUUAAUAGACUAUCGUCGACCAAUUAAAAUAUAUAUAUGUACCAACAGC